GGAGCGGGGGUCGAGGUGGGGGUGGGUGCGUCACCCUUGUUUUCCGGGCUGUCAGUCUCCCAGCGUCCCCCCUUUCCAGGUAGGGACGCCCCCUCCCACGCAGCGCGGUUCCGGCGGGUGGGAAGGAGGGGCUGGGCUCCCAGCGCCCGCCCCUCUAUCCAUCACAUGGCCGGAGAGUCACAAAAACAACAGCUUUGGCCAAGACCGUGACUUCAGGAAAGGGAACCCGGGGCUCUCGCAGCCAGCCCUCCUGCCCAUGGAGGACAGUUUCCUUGAAUCUUUUGGGAGGCUGAGCCUCCAGCAGCAGCAGCGGCAGCGGCAGCCGCCGCCCCGGCCGCCCCCGCGGGGGACACCUCCGCGCCGCCACAGCUUUAGGAAACACCUCUACCUCCUGCGAGGCCUCCCGGGCUCCGGGAAAACAACACUGGCCAGAUGCUCAGAAUGGAGCAGCAGACAAAGGAGACAAAAAUCCCUGCCUUCGUGGAACAUGAAUUCUAUAGAGAGAAGAAAUUUCUAAAGGAAAGAAGGCAAUUUUAGCAUCUGCUCUGCUCUGCUCUCUCAAAAAAUAAAAGGAGUUCACAGGUGUGCCACUGGAGGUAUAUAUCUCCAGGAAGAGUCCACAAACGCACAAGAGUGUUCUAGGUACUUGGGACUCAUCAGUGAACAAAACAAAGAUCGCCUUGUGGACCUUAUGAGCCAGAGACAAUUGCAGCAUGACUUUCCCAGGGCCCUGAUUUUCAGCACGGAUGAUUUUUUCUUCAGGGAAGAUGGUGCCUAUGAGUUCAAUCCUGACUUCCUGGAGGAAGCUCAUGAAUGGAACCAAAAAAGAGCAAGAAAAGCAAUGAGGAAUGGCAUAUCCCCAAUUAUUAUUGAUAAUACCAACCUCCACGCCUGGGAAAUGAAGCCUUAUGCAGUCAUGGCACUUGAAAAUAACUAUGAAGUUAUAUUCCGAGAACCUGACACUCGCUGGAAAUUCAACGUUCAAGAGUUAGCAAGAAGAAACAUUCAUGGUGUCUCAAGAGAAAAAAUACACCGAAUGAAAGAACGGUAUGAACAUGAUGUUACCUUUCACAGUGUGCUUCAUGCAGAAAAACCAAGCAGAAUGAACAGGAACCAGGACAGGAAUAAUGCAUUGCCUUCCAACAAUGCCAGAUACUGGAAUUCAUACACAGAGUUUCCAUACCGGAGGGCUCAUGGCGGAUUCACAAAUGACAGCUCCUAUAACAGAAGGGGUGGUUGUCACCACGGAGAUUAGAGGCCUAUCUUAUACCCAUUCAGAAUUUUCCCAAGUCAGUUUCUACUUCGGUUUUUAUUAUUUAUUCUUUGUGGCAUUUUAGUCAGAGUUCCAAUUCCAGUGUAAAUAGCUGAACUCAAAAGUUUCUGAGCAAAGUCAUUAUAUUAUCUUCACCAAAAUUUGUUAAAGUGCUUCUAUAUGCAUGGUCUGAUGCUGGGAAUUCUACAGGUUUGAUUAAACAGUCUCUUUCUCUAGGGAAAUAAUUUGAAACCAAAACUAGAGAACACACCCAAGAACAUAAUUAUUUACAUAGGUUCAUAGAUGAAAUAAAGUGUUUAUAUUAUAUAUAAGCUUCAGUACCAUUUUCUCUGAAGUGAUCUAUUUAUUUUUUUCAGGAAAUUCAUCUCCAUCAAGAAAGUUGGGAAGGUGGAGAGAAAUGGUUGUGGGGGCAGGGAGGGGGCAGGAAAAGUUUUAGUGCCAUUGCUACUUUGAUCAUCUAUGUAUCUAAAAAUGUGAGAUGUGCGACUCUCUGAUGACACUGAUUUUCCUUUAAUAUUAGUAUGCCAUAAAGUAUACAUCUAAGGAAACACUGUCCUUCAAAGUAGACACUUUGGGAAGUUAUUCCUGUAAUUAUGUAUCUUUGUUAAAAAUGCUGUCAAAAACAAAAAACAAAAAACAAAACAACAAAAAAAAAAAUGCUGUCAAAUCCUUAAGAGCUAUAGGAGCUAGAGGGAAAUCAGUGUCAUUACUUAAAGUCACACCUUGUGUUCUUACUACCACUUUAUUUAGCAGGAUUACACCUGAAUAACUUUUGGCUGUUGUGCUAAUAGUGUAAAUAAAAUAAGCCUGCCUUCAUAAAACACUUUUAAAAUGAAUAGCUAAAUAACUUCUAAAAUUAUGCCUAUUAACAUGUGUAAUUAGUUGGCAGCUCAAAUGUUUGGGAGUGCAAGAAAUUAAGCACCCCAGGAUAUAGGUCAUACAGGGAUAUAAAAGCCAUGCUCAUCACAAAAUGAGCAGUUGAUGUUUUAUGUGGCAUUAUUUAAGACAAUAAAGUCCUCAUAACUCUGGAAUGUCUUCUUAUACUGAUGUGGAAUUUAUGAAUCCAAAUUAAUUUUCAACAGGUUGGGGAAUGAGAUUUAAUGGGAGACCAUGAUAGACAAGACUGCAGAGGAUGUAUGCUCUAUUUCUUGUUAGCCAACAGCUUCUUUCUAAUGUUCUGUGAAAACUUCUAAGUGUCCUAUAUACUGGUGCUUUUAUGGUUAUUAAAAAUUGUAAAUGGUAUUCACAUUUAUAUGGAUGUCAUUGGAUUUUUUGGUUCAACAAUAAAAAAAUUUAAUUACCUAAAUGCCAAGAAACACCAAUAUACCAGUUUUUCUGUAUGAUAGGCUUAUUUGCUAGUCUUUCUUUUUGUUAAUAGGAAGCAUAAAGG